AUGGCGGGCCGUGGGGCGCCAGUGGUGGUGGUCGGAGGGCCGUGGGGCGCCGGCGGUUGCGGGAGUAGGGCCGUGGGGCGGUGGCUCGUCGGCGGCGGGGCUUUCUUGCGGGAGCUGCGUCCAGGGGCGGCAGGCGGCGUCCAGGGGCGGCAGGCGCCGACCAGGGAGCAGCGGCGGGCGGUGGAGGUGGUGGAGGAGACGCUGGUGCCGCCGAGCGAGCCGACACGGCGGCACGCGCUGUGGCUCUCCAACCUCGACCUCGCCGUGCCCAAGACGCACACGCCCCUCGUCUACUACUACCCCGCGCCCCCGCCCUCCAUCGGCGGCGACGAAGAUGGAGAUGACGGGGAGGAGCCGUUCUUCGCGCCGAAGAGGUUGCGGGAGGCCCUCGCCAAGGCAUUGGUGCCGUUCUACCCGCUGGCGGGGCGGAUGGCGGUGGGCCCCGGCGGGCGGCUAGAGAUCGACUGUAGAUCUGGACAAACUAGGAGUGCGGUAUCAAUAUUUUCAAUUAGUUAG